AUCACCCGGAGAUUCCGCAAAUACACCUGCAUCAAUACCAUUACCCCAACACACAGCACAUCACCCCAUCAUGGCAACCGAUGACGUACAAAUCCCGCAGCACGUGGGUCUUGCUGAAGCACCCCGCGAAGUCGAAGCCAUCAAAGCCCAAGAGAAGGAAUCAAUCUUGCCGUACUGGGAUUCCAGCGUUGCGUUUAAGCUCGGGUACAACAUCCGCACGAGGCUACUGACUUUCGAGCGACCGGCUGUGGUGAACAUCUCCACGAUCAGCACACCAGGCCACGUGCUCUUCCACUCUGUAACACACUCCGGCACAGCUCUAGACAACGACUUCUGGGUCUCCCGCAAACGCGCAGCCGUCAUCCGCUUCAACGCCAGUACAUGGCGUCUGCAAAACCAAUUUGAAGGUGAUGAAGAGAAGUUCAAGGCCAAGAUGGGCCUGGGCGAAACAGCGAAAGACUAUGCGAUCCAUGGCGGCGGUGUACCUAUCUUCAUUAAGAAUUGUGACGGACCUGUUGCGGUGGUUGUGGUUAGUGGGUUGAAGCAGUGGGAUGAUCAUCAGGUUGUGAUUGAGGAGUUGGGCAAGUUGUGCAAGGAUAUGGAGAGUGGGAAUGGCCGGACGCCUGUUUAGGUAUAGCGGGUUGGUGAGUUAUUGUGUAUAAAAGAUGGUCUUUGGGGCGUGGGCUCUGUGUCUUGUAUUGUCAUCGAGUUGGCGGUACAUUAAAAACCAUUCGUGGAAAUCUAUGGAAUGUACUAAAA